CGGAACCAGUCACCACAUCAGCCUCCACCGGCUGAGAGACUGCUGGGUCAUCUGUCGUUAGCUUUUGUUAUACUUCGAUACUCUUUAUCUACAAUAGACGCGUUUUAACGGUUGUCCUUGCAGUAUUUCCUGAUUUUUUGGCCCUGACGUUGCUACUCACUGACAAUGGCUGAUCCGAAAUACGCAAACUUGCCAGGAAUUGCUUUUAACGAGCCCGAUGUCUAUGAGACCGGUGACCUUCCAGAAGAUGACCAGGCUCAGUUUGAGUCGGAGCUGGAGGAGCUCUGCAGUGAUAGUGUGGAGAGGAUCGUGGUCAACCCCAACGCAGCCUACGACAAGUUCAAAGACAAGCACGUUAACACAAAAGGACUUGACUUCUCAGACAGAAUCAGUAAAAGCAGAAGAGUGGGCUAUGAGUCGGGAGAUUUUGAAAUUCUUGGAGAGGGUUCUGGAGUGAAGGAAACGCCCCAGCAGAAGUACCUGCGACUGGUGAACGAGAUCCAAGAACUCACUCAGGAGGUUGACACCAUCCAGACUGCCACCAAAGAAAGUAAUGCAGAAGAGCGUCUGACCCCGGUGGUCCUAGCCCAGCAGGCGGCCCAGCUCAAACAGCAGCUGGUCUCUGCCCAUCUCGACACUCUCCUGGGACCUCAGGCACACAUCAACCUGGCUGACCCAGAUGGAGCACUGGCCAGGCGUCUGCUCACCCAGCUGGAGGCAGCGAAGGGCAGCCGCAGCAGCACCACAGGGGAUGGCAAGCCAGCAGCAUCAGCUAAAGGCCCAGAUGGAGUGGUACUCUAUGAGCUGCACAGCAGACCUGAGCAGGAGAGGUUCAACGAAGCUGCCAAGAUGGCAGAAUUAGAGAAGCGUCUAGCUGAGCUGGAGAUCACUCUUGGCUCAGGAUCAGACAAGCAGGGGCCUCUGAGUGCAGGAGUACAAGGAGCCAGUUUGAUGGAAACCAUAGAGCUCCUCCAGGCGAGGGUCAGUGCCCUAGACUCUACUACUCUGGAUCAAGUGGAGGCAAGGCUGCAGAGUGUCCUUGGAAAGAUGAAUGAGAUUGCCAAACACAAAGCAGCCAUUGAGGACGCUGAAACUCAGAACAAGGUGACACAACUCUACGAUGUGGUGCAGAAGUGGGAUGCCAUGUCCACUUCCAUACCUCAGGUGGUGCAGAGGCUGGUAGCUGUCAAGGAGCUGCAUGAGCAAGCCAUGCAGUUUGGGCAGCUGCUGACCCACCUGGACACAACUCAGCAGAUGAUCAACAACUCUUUGAAGGACAAUAACACUCUGCUAACACAGGUCCAGCAGACAAUGAAGGAGAACCUUGUCGCUAUAGAGGAGAACUUUGCUGCACUAGAUCAGAGGAUGAAGAAGCUGUCCAAAUAAAUCAGCCCAGAGUCGGGACCGGUCCGGGAGAGAGUGUAGAACAUGGACUAAUGAGACAGCUACAUAGAGAGUACUGAGGGUUGGUUUCUGUUUUUUUGGGGGGGUUUUUUUUUUUUUUUUUUUGGUCUGUCAUUCUUUCACUCUCCACAUCUGCCUCCUCCUUUCUUCACAAAGUGGAAUAUGAAAGAUGGAAAACAUGGAAUAAUAACAAAACAGAAGAAGACCAAAUGUUCUGUCCAGUCUCUGAUCCUCUUCCAUUCUCCUGCAUUAAAAAAGUAUCAACACAUUGGUUCAUUCUCUUAGAAAAGCCACUGAUCGCAGGCACAUGUUGAGCUUAUUGACUUUUAGACUGGAUUGUUUUUAUAAUUAUUCUUAGUAUUAAACAUGAGAAUUAUUCCAUUCCUUUUGGAAGCUUACACUCUUAUUGGAUAUGUACCGUAAACUUUGGUCAAAUUACAUCGACUGUAAAUGAUGAUGGAUGACGCAUGUCGUCAACUGUGUAAAAAUGAAUAAAUAUUAAGAUGGGUUUGUCUUAGUGUAACGGGCACUUCGGGCAUGUGUCAGGGCCAACAGUGAUGGAAGGAAAGCUUGUAAAUAAAUCUGCCUGUGUACCUUAUUGUUUCUUCACACUCAGUCGCUUGUAACUAUAUUAUUAUGACUGAGGCUGAACACCACAGCUGAUACUUUUAAUCUGCUCUGUCAUCACGUACAAGUCGACUGUAUUGUCCAUCUGUGGUCACAGAAACUGGUCAAUAAAAUGUUAAAAUUA